AUGACUUGUAACAUAUCAAAGGUUGAUAUUGGUUUACCAGAAUAUUGGGUUUAUAAAGGAGAAGGUGCAAUGAAUAUUGUUUUAUCAUACAAUGGCCCAAGAAAUGAAAAAUUAGAUGGAUUAGUAUUAAGAGUUAAAAAAUUAAGUAAUGGUGGAAGUGAUUUAGAAAAAGAGAUAGGAUUAUAUAAUUUCGUAUCAAAUGUAAUGUCACCAUUGUUAGGAGAUAAAUAUGUAUUUCCAGGAUCAAUGAUAAAUGUUACAAGUGAUUUCUUAGUGAAAUUAGAUAAUUUAAUAUUUAAUUAUAGACCAAUUAAAAGAUCAACAAUUAGAUUAGAUACAAAUUUAACAACAGCAUUUUUAAUAAUGGAUUUAACAAGAUUAGAUAAUAAUACACCAAAUCAAAUUGAAUAUUUACAUCAUCAUAAUGAUAAUGAUAAUAAUAAUGAUAAUAAUGAUAAUAAUAAUAAUGAUAAUAAUGAUAAUAAUAAUAAUAAUAAUAAUGAAAUUGGUAAUAAUAAAUUUAGUAAAGUUAUUUGUAUUGAAAUUAAACCAAAAUGGGCGUUCUUACCAAAACCACAUAAAUAUAUGAAUAGGGAGUUAUUAGAUGUCAAAUUAAAUAAAUGUAGAUAUUGUAUGCAUCAACAAUUGAAAUUAAAGGAGGGAUCAAUUGAUGAAAUUAGUAGUUAUUGUCCAUUGGAUCUAUUUAGUAGUGAUUGUAAUAGACAAAAACAAUCAAUUAUCAAUAUGAUUCAUCAUCCACAAAAUAAUUUAAAAGUUUAUUGUGAUGGUAUAUUAUCAUUCACUGGUUCAUUGGGUGGUGGUGUUGAAAGAAAUAAAUCAACAAAUUCAAAUUUAUUAUCAUCACUAUUAAUUAAUAGUAACAUUAUUAAAAAUAAUAAAAAAGAAGAAAAAGAAGAAAAAGAAGAAAAAGGAGGAAAAGAAGAAGAGGAAAUAGAAAGAAAUAUUUAUUUAUUAUCAACAAUAAUUUCAUCAAUUUUACAAAGGGAAACAAUAUUACAAAAUAUUAAAAAUGUACAAUUAUAUGAUGAUAUGGAUAUAGAAGGUAUUUAUUAUUUAUAUAAUAAAUUAAAUGGUGGUCAAGUUAAUAAUGAUAUUAAUUAUGAAGAAUUAAAUAAAUUAACUGAUAGUGAAGCAAAAGAAAAGAUUGAUAGAUUCAUGAUUUCAUGUACUGCUAAAGAUUGUUCAAUUAUGAUUUCAUUUAAUGUUGAUAAUCCAAUUAAUAAUAAUAAUAAUAAUAAUAAUAAUAAUAAUAAUAAUAAUAAUAAUAAUAAUAAUAAUAAUAAUAAUAAUAAUAAUAAUAAUAAUAUUAAUGAUGUUGAUAGUUAUUUUAAUUUUAUAAAUACUAUUGAUAUUGGUGAUAAUGAUGAUACACUAAUUAAUAGUAGUGGUAAUAAAGGUAAAACAAAUAUUCAUUAUAAAAUUGGUGUUGUUGAUUUGGAUACAAAGAAAAUGAAUGCAAUUCCAAAAUAUUAUAAAUUGGAUCAAGAUAUUGUUAAACUUUAUAAAUCAAAUAUUAAUACUAUUAAAUCAUGUAAAUAA